AUUUGAGGCAGCGAGUGUGUCACGCCGUUCGAGCCACAACAGCCCCUGCCCCCAAGUUUGUAGCACUAUGUAAAGGCGCUCAGUCCACCAGAAUGACUCGAGAUGUGGCAGCAGACUCGGGAUUGCGAGGUCUUUGGUGUGCUCGUGUUGUGGAAAAAACGGCGAAGUGUCUCCGUUGACCUAUUUUUGGUAGAACGGGGCAAGGGCACGUCAGCUUCCCCGUGCCACUAGUUUUUACUUGUUUAUUUUUAUAAUUCGAUACUUGCUACUAUUAGUACCUUGACCUGAACCAUGGCCACUUCGAAAAGUAAAAUUGCCAUUGGUCUGUGUGUGGCGGGGCUUUUGAUGACGGUUUUUGGCAUCGUCCUAAUGUUUGUUGGACCUACUGUGGUGAACCAGCAAGUUGUUAAGAACGUUCAGAUCAACCCCAACAAUGAGCUGUCUUACACCAUGUGGAGAGACAUUCCAGUCCCCUUCUUUAUGUCCAUCUAUUUUUUUGAUGUCCUCAAUCCUGAAGAAAUCUUGAAGGGAGAGAAGCCAAUGGUACAACAGCGGGGGCCUUAUGUUUACAGAGAGUUCCGUCAGAAAACCAAUAUAACAUUUCACAGUAACAAUACAGUCUCGUAUCAGGAGUAUCGCAAAUACCAUUUUUUUAGGAACAUGUCUGUUGGAAAUGAGUCUGAUGAGGUCACUCUCCCAAAUAUGCUGGCAUUGGGAGCAGCUGUAAUGAUGGAAGACCAACCUAACUGGAUGAAGAUGAUUAUGAGUAUCACAUUUAAUCAGCUCAAUGUGAAGCCAUUUCUGACAUUAAGAGUGGGGGAUCUUCUGUGGGGCUACGAUGAUCCCCUUGUUGAUUUCCUAAGCAAGUGGUUUCCAGGCAUGAUUCCUUUCUCCGGAAAGUUUGGGCUCUUUGCUGAUUUCAACAACUCCAACACAGGUUUGUUCACAGUUCAUACUGGAGCAGAUGACAUCAGAAAAGUCCACAUGGUGGAUUCAUGGAAUGGACUGAAGAAGGUGAGUUACUGGAAUUCAGAUCAAUGUAACAUGAUUAAUGGUACAGCAGGACAGAUGUGGCCCCCUUUCAUGACACCUGAAAGUACUCUUCCAUUCUACAGUCCUGAUGCCUGCAGGUCAAUGGAACUGGUCUAUGAAAAACCUGGAGUGGUAUCCAGGAUUCCAGUAUAUCGUUUCGUUGCCCCAAAAACGUUAUUUGCCAAUGGAACUGUCUAUCCCCCAAAUGAGGGUUUCUGCCCAUGCAGGGAGUCUGGAAUACAGAACGUCAGCACAUGCCGUUACAGUUCUCCAACUUUCAUCUCUUCACCCCAUUUCUAUAAUGCUGAUCCGGUGUUGCUCCAAACAGUGGAUGGCCUAAGCCCUAAUGAGGAGGAGCAUGGGCUGUUCAUCGAUAUCCAUCCAAUGACUGGCAUUCCCAUGAACUGCUCAAUCCGGCUGCAGCUAAGCUUGUAUAUAAAGAAAGUCAGUGGCAUUAGUUUGACAGCUAAGAUUGCCCCUGUUGUCCUUCCUAUGAUCUGGUUUGCUGAGAGUGGUUACAUUGAUGGACCAGUCCUGACAACUUUCUACAACAACUUGGUGCUCAUUCCAUUUAUUUUGCAAACUCUUCAAUACAUGCUGCCUGUAGUUGGGAUCCUGCUACUAGUCCUCUCUUUAAUUCUGGGACUCUAUGAUAAGAAAGAACACUCGCUCUGGAUAGCACCCUCAAGAUUCUUCCUGGAGACAGUUGGGAGAGAUAAAUGAACACUCUGCCAGUGUCAUUUUGUGAAAGCAGAUCCAGAAUAUUGCCUUUUUAAUUACACACUUGAAUAUAUAUAUAUAUGCAUUUAAGUGAAAUAAACAUUAGCUAAAAUAAUUGUUUUUCUUUAUUAUAUCUCUGAAAGAGAAUAAAACAUGCUGUAUCAUUUGGAGUUCUAACUCUCCACUUCCAUGUAAGUUAAAUGUAAACUAAAUGGUAAUGUGACAUACAUUCCAUUGAUGUGACCUAAAUUAAGCUGACAUAAUUUGUCUCUCACAUAUUGGGUGUUAUCUUUUGGCUAGAAACAAGAUUUGUAAAUGCCUGUCCAUAUAAUGAUAGUACUGUGCCCUAAAUCAAGAAUUCAAGAUUAUUUUAUGAACAACAUUCCUGCCAUUUGGGUGCAAAAGAGAAGCAAAGACUUCUCACCAUCAUAUAGUGGCAUUUGGAAUGACCUGCCAUAUUCAGUUUGCAGACAGGAGAAAGCGGAGUUCUGGAUGAAAUUCAAGUGAGCAAGCCGGGUGUUAACUUUAGCAAGAAAAUAAUGUGGAAACUGCCAAGAAGAUAUUUUUUUUGUAGUUGAAGGUUAUAAAGUACUUAUCAAAGAAAGUAGCAAAUUAAAGCAGGGAGGUUGUUUGGUCGUGGGAUAUAUAACAGGCCUAUUUCCAAAGUUGGUUUUAUUUUGAGCAACAUGUUGUAUAAAAUGUAGUCAUCCUAAUUAACUUUGGCUUUACUUUGUCUAUUAAACUAAUUCUGCCAUAUUGCAACUUUUGUUGUCCAGAAAUUCAUCAAAGUCUAUAACAACCCUGAAGAUGAAGACACCGCACCAACAGAGAGAACUGCUCUUUUGCACUAAUUCACAAAACGUGUAAUGCUAUCUAUCCUCUAAUCAGGAACCAAGCCUUCAGUCACACUUAAGACGCUCCCCUGAUGUAUUCUUAUGAUAUAACAGAUGUGUUCUGUGGAUUUUUGACUAGGCUGACCUUCCAUCUGGGGAGUCUAGUGUACUUGUACUUCGCCAGAGGGCAUGAAAUGUAUUAACAUGAAAACCAAUUGCAAAAAAUUGCUUAACGUGACUAAAAUGAAAACCAUCAAGCACUUGUUGUAUACAAUAAGAAAGUUGCGUCUGCUACUGAUUACUGAGGCUGAAACUGUUGUUUCUACUGAUAUUUAAGACGGGGAGGAAAUAAAAAGCAGUUUUACCAUUGUUAAUAAAAUUGUGCAAAUA